CUGCUAAAUGCGAAUAACGGAAUGGCCGCCAAUGUUGAAAAGGGACGCCGUCGUCUGAAGCGAUUUACCUGGAACCUGAAACUGAAAUGACGCCGUAAUCCCGGGCAAUUACAGCUUGCUCGCCAUAAAAUAAGGGACCAGGCUAACGCCAAAAUCGGGACAGAAAGUUUUACCUGUCAGGUGCAUAAAACCCUGGCUAGGGACUCCAAACCCAGCAUUUGGAUUGUGAAACUCGAGGAACGACGAAGCAACUAACGAAAUGGUUCUGGCUCCCGAAGUUCGAAGUAUUGUGAGGGCGCUGAAGGGAUCGAAUAGCUGCGAGGAGAUAGCCCAGAUCCUGGAGUGCGACUUGGAGAGCGUGGUCAGCUGCAUCCGGGAGUGUGAGCUGCUCGAGGGCAAGACGGCCACGCUGCGAUUGCCGCAGAGACCGAAGCCAGCGGCCACAGCGCCCGUGGUUUCCCAGGAGGAGGAGAAGCGACGCGAGGUGGGCAGACCCAAGGUCCUGGAGAACCGGCAGCUCGUCGAGCGGAUGCUGGCCGAUCAUCCGUACUACACGUCCAUCGAUGUCCAGCGGGAACUGGCCCUGCACGGCAUAGAGGUCAGUCGCAGGACCUUGCAGCGCAGGAUCAGCGAGAUACGCUCCAAGAUUGGCCAGCAACCCAGUGGAUCCUCAUCAAACCAGCUGGGCGAUAAGGAGAAGAGGAGGAGGUUGGCCUGGGCCACCGCUCACCAGGAUUGGACAGUGCGCGACUGGCGCAACAUCUUCAACAUGGACGAUCUUAAGUUCGACGACGAAUCGUCGCCGCCCAAGGAGAUCUUCCUGGACACCCUAAUGGGUCCCGAGGGCUCCGUGUGCAGUGACCUCAAUCUGCUCGAGCAACUGAUGGCCAUCAUCCAGCCACGGAUCCAGAAUCAGGCCCCCAAGAAUGUCAGCGAGUUCCGGGCCGUCCUGUACGACGUUUGGCACACCGACCAGGACAUGGUGGACAAGAUCGAGAUGCUCUACGAAUCGAUGACGUGGCGCGUUUCGGCGGUCCUCCGCAACGGCGGGGAUCAGACCGAAUUCUGCUAGCCUAGCUAUAGAUUUAAGUCGUACGCCGAUUUUUGAAUGUUGAAUUAAAAAUGUCAUCAUUCACUAUCAUCAAUGUUGGAUUACUUUAUUAAGUUUUUAGUGGCCAUAUAAUGUACAUGGUACACUCAGAUAGGUUACCAAGCCUAAAAAUA